CUCACCCGCGCUGCUUUCGGUUCCGGUUGCCAUAAAAAUAUUGGGGAAAAUACAGCGAUAUCCGAUAAAUCGCCGGGAUAAAAUAACACAGACGAUGUGCGCCUUGCAGUGAAAGAUAGUGGAUAUUUUGGCAUUUCUGUGGGCCCUCCCCAUCGCAACUUUCUAACGCCAACGAUUCAGCUGCGCGCUUUUUCGACGGCUUUCCACCGCCGCCGUCGCCGAACAAACAAUAAUAAUGAAAAGCGCCAGACAAAAACCGAAGAGCUAAUUGGCCAACCAGUAUUAUAGCCAUUUGUUAAUCGCUAAUUCCGGCUGACAUGUUUGCAUAUCCACCGACCAAGUUUUCGUGCUGUUAAAGGGAGCUGCCAAGUAGUGCAAUAAAAUCAAAAUAAGUUGAAAGCAAAAAAUCCUUAAUACACACGCACACACGGAGCAGACGUCUGGGGGAGUGUGUGUGCGAGUGAGUGUAGGUGUAGGUGUGUGCUCGUGCGCAGGCGCCGAUUCGAGUUUCUGUGCAUUAAUUGCUUUUGGCCAAGUAGACUACAAUACGAUCGAAAGCCCUUGCUGGCGACUAUCAUGUAGAGUACCAUAUCAGCACCGCGAAAUCGAAGUCAGAGGGAAUCAUGGUGGAAUCCUCCAGUCUGGGGAGGACCCCGCCGGCGGCCCAGCAGCCCAUUCCGCAGCAGCACUCCCCCUCCCCCUCGGGGCUGCGGUGCGGCAACAUGGAGACGAGGGUGCGAGGCGCCUGGUACCGCGUCCUCGUCACACUGGAAACAGACUUCCUGGCCGUCAGCCUGGACGAAUCCUGUGAGGCGGCGCAGCCAUCCAACGAUGGACAAUCUACCACCCUGAACGGAACCUUGGGGAGCAAUCACAGUGGCGGAGGAGGCGGUGGCGCCGGAGGAGGUGGGUCUGGCGGAGCUGGCCAGAACGGCAGCCUGCCCAGUUCCGCCUCGCUCCAGGGGAUGAAUAUCCAGGACACGGAGCUAGAUGGCUCCGGGGGCAACGACAACGGCGACCUCUGCCUGAACAACAACAACAAUGCCGGCGACGGAGGCGGCAUGGAUAUGUGCGACGUACCUGACCAUGUGGCCAACCAGAAGCGGCAUGUGCGGAUCAUCAAGUCGGACAACAACGGCCUGGGCAUCUCCAUCAAGGGCGGGCGCGAGAACCGGAUGCCCAUCCUCAUCUCGAAGAUCUUCCGAGGCAUGGCCGCCGACCAGGCCAAAGGACUCUACGUGGGCGACGCCAUCCUGACGGUGAACGGGGAGGAGCUGCGGGACGCCACCCACGACGAGGCGGUGAGGGCCCUCAAGCGGUCCGGUCGAGUGGUGGAUCUGGAGGUUAAAUUCCUACGCGAAGUGACGCCCUACUUUCGGAAGGCCAGCAUCAUCUCGGAAGUGGGCUGGGAACUCCAGCGGGCCUUCCUCUGUCCGCUGGGACCGGGCGUCCCCACCUCGCCGCCCGCCCCGAAGACGACACCCCGGGCGGAUACGCGAUAUAUCCCGCUGCAGCUGACGCAUCUGGCCAGGAAUCUCAAGUAUAUCGACCCGGAGAACCGGUGCUUCGAGCUGCACUCGCCGGACGGAGUGCACUCCUGCAUCUUGCGAGCGGCGGACUCGGCGGAGGCCUUGGUCUGGUUCAAUGCCCUCCACUCGGCGAUGGGCAGCAGCACGCAGCGGGCUCUGGCCGAGGCCAAUCGGGCGCUGACCAACCUCAUCGGCGAGCUGAAGCACAUUGGCUGGCUGAGCAAGCGGAUGAGCGGCGGUGGCGGCGGGAGUUCUGGGAGCGCCGGGGGCGGAGCGGCCAGCGGGGGCAGCGGCACCUCGAACAGCGGCGUGGCCGGCGAGCUGGUAAGUCCCAGCGGUCGUUCCAGUUCGGAGAGCUCGGACGAGAGCGACAAGUGGCUGCCCAUAUUCGUGGCGGUUACGGAGCGUGAGUUCCGGAUCUACGAGAGUGCUCCGUGGUCGGUGGAGGCUUGGAGCCGUCCUCUGGAGAUCUACGCCCUGUCCACGACGCGUCUGGCGGGAGCCGGCAACAACUCCUCCCUGAAUGGCCAGCAGACCACGGUGUUCUGCGUCCGUUGCGGCACCGCCCGCGGGGUGCUCGUCUACUGGCUGCGCUCGGAGACGCAUCGGGACAUGGCCGCCUGGGCCAGAUCCCUCGUUCAGGGCUCCCACCAGGCGGUCAACUACCAGAGGGAGUUCUCAUUCCGCUGCCUCUUCCAGGGCCGGCAGUGUCAAUUGGUUGUGCACAUAAAUCGUGGCUUCUUUCUGUACGAUUGCGGCGGAUUCGCUCCAACCACUCCGACGGUGGCCACGUCCAAGACGCAGCUGUGGCAGUUCGCCUUCGACAAGCUAAAGGGCUCCGCGGAUGAUGGAACCAGGAUGUUGUACCUGGACUUUGGCGAUGACGGAGAGAUUGAACUGGACAUGGAGUGCUGUCCCAAGCCGGUUGUUUUUGUGGUGCACAACUGCCUGUCGGCCAAAGUUCAUAAUAUUGCCUAGGACGAGGUUGACCCGGAGGGAAAAGCUGAUAAUUGUUGAUGUUUUGGGUACAACGGAUGUGGAUUUCCGUACCACGCAAAAAAAUUUAUUUAUUAGGCUGUCCAAAGCUGUAUUGUUUUUCGAAAGAGUAUUAAUACUAUUAUUUCUUAGACCCUUAGUCUUAUCUUUCUUCUUCCUAGCUACUUAACACCUUUGGACGAUUUAAAGACAUUUAUCUAAGUGCAAUGUUUUGUUAACUCAGUCAAUUAACCAGGAUUUAAUCAAGACUUCACCAAUUUGUGGAUCAGCCUAAAAGCUGACCACGAAAAGUUAUGAUUCAAAAUGAAAUUCGUUCUGUUUUGCCUAAAAUAUUAACAUUUAUUAAUGUAAGUCCUACCAAAAUUACGACCUAGUUAAUGUAGCAAAGAAUGGAUUAGAUAGUGGUAGACGAGUGAGCAUUUCGCGCUUCCUGAUGGCUAUGGAAAUGGAUUAGUUGGAUAGGGUUAGCUGGAAGAUAAAAGCAGAAAAACAAGAGUAGAUUUUUGAAAAAAUACGAAGCACAAACCAAAAACAGAAAAUAAAGACAUGUAAGACAAAACAGAACAACUUUAUUUACCUUGUAAGUAGACGUAAAUUCAUUUUAUACGUGUGUCAUUUACACAGGUUACCAUCUAAAGACAAGUCGAAAAACGAAAUCUAAUUCUAUGAACUCCACAACAUUUGCAUAUAAACGUUGAACAAUAAUUAUCAUAAUUGUACUUAACUAAUUGUAUCUUGAAUCUUGUAUCUAAACGAAGCACACAUAUCUAGAUGCCCGCUCUGUGGCAUCGAUAUCGAUCGUGGACUAGGCUCCAAACUAAAAUAAACAUAAAAUCAUAUAGUUACCUAAAAGAUACGAGUAUAUCCAGGCCAUUUCGCAAUUUCUCCCCACUCUUCAUGUACAAGCCAUCGAUCAUAUGCAAUUAUUAUACAUUUAUAUCUACAUAUAACACGACACAUACUCAUUUUAUGAAAUUAGAAAUUUCGAUAUAGACAAAACGACACAAAAAGAAGAACAACAAAAAUAAUACAAGUAAUGACAAAAAUCAAUAAGAAAAUAACAAAGCAUAAGACGUACAAUAUUUUUAACGUAAGUAGUGUUGAAUCUUCGAUAAUAAACUUAUAUAUAUAAAUACUAUACCAUUAAUCAAA